AUGGAUGAUGAAACUGUUAAUUUAAAAAAUGACGAUUUAGAUGAUAAAAAUAAAGAGUUAACAAAUAAUUCUGAUAAUACUUAUAAACCUAAUCGCAUUUAUAAAGAAUGUAAUAAAAAAAAUGAAAAUUUAUUAUCUAUAAAUUGUAAAAAAGAUGCAUUUUUAAAGAAUAAUGAUAUGAAUAUCCAAUUAGAUAUGUUUAAUUCUAACAAAACAAAUAUAAUCUUAAAUUAUAGCAAUAAUAUAAUGACUACAGUUUCAAAUAAAAGUAAAACUAUAGACAUAUAUAGUGAUGCAAAUGAUAAGGAAAAUACGAAUAAUGAUGAGAAAAUAAAAAAUAAUGUAAAUACAAAGGUUAAUGAUAUAAAAAAUGAUGUUAUAAAAAAUGUAAAAGAGGAUGAAGAUAUAAAGAUUGACAGAAAUAUGAAGAAUGAUAUCAGUAAAGAUAAAGUAAAAAAAAAUAAAAGAGUAACAAAUAUAAAUUACAUAGUUCAAUAUAAUAGAUAUAAACCAACAAAGACAGAUGUAUUUAAAAAAAGAACAAUCAAUCCAUUUGUAAAAAAAAAUAAAAAUCAAUAUAUAAAUUGCAAUUUUCGUUAUUACGUAUCAGAAAAAGAUUAUUUGAUACAAAAUUUGAUUGGAGAAAAUAUUAAAUGGGAAAAAAUUGAAAAAGUAGAUUAUAUAAUUUUUGAUAAUACUUCUUUAUCAUGCCCAAUUUGUCUUGAAAAUAAUAUCAUCUCACCAAGAAUUACAAAGUGUAGACAUAUAUUUUGUUUUUUUUGUAUUUUGAAAUAUUUCAUUGAAGAAGAUAAAAAAGUAUGGAAAAGAUGUCCUAUAUGUUUUGAAAUAAUCAAUGAAAAUGAUUUAAGAAUGGUGAAAUUCCAUUAUGUAAAAAAUUAUAAUAUUAAUGAUUGUAUAAGCCUCUGUUUAUUAUACACAGAAAAUAAUAAAAUAAAUUUAAAAUCAGAUAAAUUGUGUUUUAAUAAUAAUUUUCAAAUAACCAAUAAAAAUUUCAUUAAAAAUAAUAAAGUAAUAGAUUAUAAAUAUUUUGUAAACAUUGAUUAUAUGAAUAAAAAUUUAACUAAUGUUAGUCAAAAUCAUUCUGAUCAAAUUAUCAAAUUAAAUUUAAAUUUAGGUGUUCAAUUUUCUAAGCUUUUCUACAUAUAUAAUCCAUUGUCCUUAUGGAUAAAAGAUCUAACUAUUUUUAAUUUUAUUUUAACAAAUAAAAAAGUGAAAUCUUUUGUCUCAGAUGAAAACGUUAUAGAAAAAGCAAUUUUAAAUAUUAAAUUAAAAAUGAGUGAUUAUUUAAAUAUACCUGUAGAAAAAUUAAACCCUGAAUUAAACAUGGAUGAAAAGUGUUUUGAUUUCUUUUAUUUAUAUGAUAAUUUAGCACAUGACGUUUAUGAUAGUAUUGAACAAAUAAAAAAGGAAAUGAAAUCAGAUAUUGAAGUAUUGGAAUGCAAAAAAAUAUCAAAAGAUAAAAAAUUACAAAUGAAUUCAGAACAAAAUAAUACUGACUCAAUUAAUUUAAAAGAUUUAAAUCAAAUAUAUUUUUAUCAAUGUAUAGAUGGACAAUGUAUAUAUUUAGAUCCAUUCAUAUUAAAAUUACUAUUUUAUGAAUAUGAUUAUAACAUGAAUGAAUUGCCAACAUUUUUGUAUAAUAAAAAAAUUACGUACAUUGAUUCCUUUGAACUAGAUGAAAAAAUGAGAAAAAAGUAUUGUAUUUUAUCUCAUUUACCUUUAGGAGUUAAUGUUGUGUUUGUUUCCUUAAAUUUAGAUGACAUGUUAUCUGAAAAAACAAAAAAUCAUUUUUCGAAAGAAAUAUCUAUAAGAAAAGCCAAGCACAUUAAUAUUUUGAAAAAAAAAAAAAAAGAAGAAAAUCACUUUAAAUAUUUAGCGGAAGAAGAAAUUGAAAGAAAAGAAAAAAGUUACUGGAAUUUAUCUAGUAACAAAAUAAAUAUAGAAUAUAACUCAAAUGAUAUUUACUCUAAUACAUUAAAUUUUUAUGAUGAUACAAAAGAAGAAAAAUAUUUAGAUGGAGAAUUUGGUGAUGAUACAUUGUUCAAAUAUGAUGAUUUUUUAAUAGGAAAAAAAUUAAUUAAAAUUAAUUCAAAUAAAAUUAAUUACCCUAUUGAAUAUAGCGAAGAUAUUGGAAAAAAUAUGAAUAAAAAAAAUAAGAAAAAUAACUCAAAAAAAAAUGAUACAAAAAAUAUUAUAAAAAAUAAUAACAAAAAUGUUUCAUCUAACAAUACUGAAAUAAAAAAUACAAAGAACGAUGAUAACGAAUUACCUAAAAGAAGUUUUCUUGAAAUAGCUAAAACAAAAUGCGAUAUUAAUAAUGUAAGUCAAAUUCAAACUAUUAAAAAAACAGAAGAAAAAUUUUCUAUAGGAUCGGGUUCAGUAAGUAUUAAUUUAUUAGAUUUAAUCAAUGAUAAGGAUUCUCAAAAAAAAAAAAAAAAUAAAAAUAAAAAAAAAUAA